AUGAAACUUAAUAACUGCGUCAGAGCAAUUGCUCUUUUCUCACUUUGCUCUCAAGGAUUUGCUUCACCUGUUGGCCGUUCUUCUGGUGUCGAAGUUUAUGCUCGUAAUGCCGAGGAUCAUGCUGCAGUUACAUUUGACUCACCAAAUGUGCUUCGCAAAAGAGAUUUGUUAGAUGAUGUUGCCACUCUUAUCAGCAACCUUCUUGGUACAACGACCACCUCUGGUGAUGGUUUACUUCUCAAUAUUGACGGUAUUAUUAAUUCACUUAUUGAUGGUAUUGCCGGCUGCGAUGGCUUACUUAAUGAGGUUGGUACUGUCCUUGAUGGUGUCAUUAGUGAUCUCGGUGACGGUACUGACAGUAUUGUUGGUGACCUAGCCACUCUUUUGAACAAUCUUGUCAGUGCUCUUGAAAGCUCUGCUUCGAGUGCUGAUAUUCUUAUAGAUAUCAAUAGUCUUCUUAAUGGAUUGAUUCUCAGCAUAGGUACUGGAACUGAGGAUGAACUCAACGAUGUGGGAAGUUUGCUCACUGAGAUUAUUUCUACAAUUACCACGGCAGAAACUUCUUGUAACAGUUCCGCUGCAAGUGGUGUGUCAUCUACAAGUGGUGUGGCAUCUGCAAGUACCGUGGCAUCUACAAGUACUGCCACUUCGUCCGAUAGUACUGGUAUUCUUGGAGAUGUUGGCGAAAUUAUUGAUGAUAUCAUUGCAAGUCUUACUGACUCCGAUGAUGCUUCAUUGUUUGUGGACAUAUCAACUCUUAUUACGAAGCUAGUAAAUGACCUUGUUGCUUGUGAUGGAUUGCUUAAUGAUCUUGCCGUAGUUAUUUCUCAAGUCCUUUCUGAGACUGGUGCUUCAACUGACAGUGUUCUUGCUCAAGUUGCUGCUUUGCUAGAUACAGUUAUCAGCGCUAUUGCAGAUGGUGCAUCGUCUACUGAUAUUCUCACCGACAUCAACUACUUGUUGGCUGAAACUCUCACAGGUCUAGGAAGUACCAGUGAGGACGUUUUAACUGAAGUUGGUAACUUAGUUGCAGAACUUCUAAAUACUUUAACAACCGCAGAGGCUUCUUGUCCAUCCGCCUCUUCAACCACCGAUACAGGUGCUACUAGUGCUACCACUAAUACUGGUGCCUCUGAUACUACUGCUACUGAAACCGAAGCUAUAACCACUACUGCUGCUACUGCUACUGAAACCGGAGCUACCACUGAAACUGGUGCCUCUACUGCUACUGGUGCCUCUACUGCUACUGGUACUGAAACCGGAGCUACCACUGAAACUGGUGCCUCUACUGCUACUGGUGCAUCUGCUGCUACUGGUGCAUCUGCUGCUACUGGUGCAUCUGCUGCUACUGGUGCAUCUGCUGCUACUGGUGCAUCUGCUGCUACUAGUGCCUCUACUGCUACUGCUACUGAAACCGGAGCUACCACUGAAACUGGUGCCUCUACUGCUACUGGUGCAUCUGCUGCUACUGGUGCAUCUGCUGCUACUGAUGCAUCUGCUGCUACUGGUGCUACUAGUGCUACUGGUGCUACUAGUGCUACUGAUGCUACUGGUGCUACUGGUGCCUCCGCUGCUACUGGUGCUGCCACUAAUACUGGUGCUACUGUUGUCACUGCUGCAACUAAUGGUAAAGGAAAUAGUGAUGUUGCUACCACAAUUGUUACAAUUACUUCAUGUGAAGACCACUCUUGUACUAAGAAGCCAGUUACUACUGGUGUGACUUCGUAUACUACCACUAUUGGCAGUAUUGUUACCGUUCUUACAACCUAUUGCCCAUUGAGUGGAGAGACUUCCGCUCCUUCUUCAGCUGCUUCUGUCCUACAAACAAGCUCUGUUCCAUCUAAUAUAUCAUCUUCGGUUGGAAGCGAAUCCGCCACUCUAGCCACCUCCGUCACCUUAGCCACCUCCGUUGCUUCUGCCUCUGAAACUUCUGAAGCUGUUAUUUCCACAUUCAGUGGAGCCGCCGGAAAGAUCGAGUUCAGUGCUCAAUUUGCUCUCUCCUUGGUCGCUGUUUUGUUGCUAUAA